AUGAAUCUUCCUCCUAUAUUCAGCACCGCCGUUGCCAAUACAUCUUCCUUCAAUGCGUCAUCCUUCACUGCUACCAUCGUGGCUGAGAACGGUGAGGCUGGGAGCAGCAGUUCGAACAUCCCAUUUCCUGCUGGCGGCAUAAUGGAUACCAUUCUCACCACUGCCGGCCAUGCCUCGCCUCUCACCCAGCUUCUUCACUUCCUUUAUAGGCUCCUGGGCACACAGUUUGGGCUUGACCCGUCGAUGGUGCUGGCCGUAUUGGGAUUCGUUUGGGGCGCUUUCAAGAUCGGAUCGCAGAUUCAUAGCUUUAUCCAGCGCUUCUUGGACGAUUAUCUUAUGUGCGCCAUGUACAUUUCUGAAGAUGACCACAUAUACUCGCACUUGAUGAAGUGGCUAUCUCACCAGCCUAGCAUCAAGAACAGCCAGUAUCUCAUGGCCCAGACCGUUUGGAAGAGUGCAUGGGAGGAAGAAGAAGAGCUGGAAGGUGCUCUGUACUGGACGGAUGGUGGCGAAGUCGAUGGUGGCAAUCGAAUGUAUCUGAACUUCGCCAACCAUGCAGCUAGAUCGAGUCCUAGAUUUGUUCCUGCCAUGGGGUCGACAUCAUUCUGGCACAAGGGGACGUAUUUCCGCGUACACCGGAAGAAGGAGUCGUUUGUCAGUACUCGUUCAUGGGGAGGCCCGAUGAAAGAUCUCGAGGAAGUCAAGAUCUCAUGCUUCGGUCGUUCAAUAGAUCCAAUCAAGCAGCUGCUUUCGGAGGCCAAGGCUCUGUACUACAAUGACACUCGUCAGAAGACGACCAUCUAUCGUCCCAGGGUCAAGGAGCAACGGAGAGACCACAACAUGUGGCAACAAGUGGCACGGCGCCCUGUCAGACCUAUGUCGACAGUUGUGCUCGAUUCGAGCGAAAAGCAUGAAAUCCUGGCCGACAUCAACGAGUAUUUGCACCCUUGGACGCCGCGAUGGUAUGCGUCUCGAGGUAUUCCCCUGAGGAGAGGCUAUCUCUUUCAUGGGCCGCCAGGUACUGGAAAAACAAGCUUCUCCUUUGCAUUAGCGGGCGUGUUUGGCAUCGACAUAUACGUCAUUAGCCUUCAGGAUGCCGGCGUCAACGAAGAGGACCUAGCCACCUUGUUCACUAAACUGCCACGAAGGUGCAUCGUCCUUCUCGAGGAUAUUGACACUGCGGGGCUGCGACGCGAUCUCAGCUCGGAGAGUGAAAAUACGACAGAGGACAAGAAAGAUGAAGACAAGGGCCAGAAAGACGGAAAGAAGAAGCACAAGAGUAAAGCUGAUGCCAGUGAAAGUGAGCCGGAGAGCGAAGUUGAGAUAAAAUCCAAGAAGAGAGGAUCAAGAAAGAAGGAUUUCGGCAGGAAGGCUCCCCUCGCUCUGGAUGGAAUAUCCUUGUCGGGCCUUCUCAAUGCCAUCGACGGUGUUGCAUCUCACGAAGGCCGGGUCCUGAUUAUGACAACUAACAAGCCGGAGGCGCUCGACGAGGCAUUGAUCCGCCCUGGUAGAGUAGACGUCCAGGUUAAAUUCAGCAACGCUAGCAGCGUUCAGGCUGGAGAGUUAUUCCAUCGGAUGUAUGAGACACAUCGCCAGGAAGAGCUGACCAAGACAGCAAAGGUGGAGGAGGCGGCAGAGAAGUCAAACGCACAGUUAGCCGCGCAGCACGAUACCGAAGAGUUGGAUGGAAUCACCGCUGAAGAGAUGAAGACAAUCGCAGAAGAGUUUGGCCGCCGGAUCCCAGAAGGUGUUCUAUCGCCUGCGGAGAUCCAGGGGUUCCUCCUCAAGCGCAAGAAGUGCCCGCGCCGAGCAUUGGAGGAGGUAUCAGACUGGGUCGCAGCGACCCUGAGGCAGAAGGAAGCGAACUCGAAGGUCUUGACCGUGCAGUAA